ACGCAUGCUUUCAGCAGUGUUGCCUAGCCGCUAGCGAGAUGGAUGGCGCGCCCCGCUUCGCCAUCGCUGUGGCGCUCCACGAGGCGCGCUAUGUCGAACUAUUUGGCCCUGAUAACAAAGACCACCGCCAGUCAGGCCGCAGCGGCAGUGGAAACGCUGAGUGCCUCCGUCCCAGCGAUGCGAUUAUGAGCACCGGCUUCCGCUCGCAUGGCCUCACUCGCGACGAGCGCGUGUGGUUCCAUCACCCGCCAAGCUCUCUUGAUGGCAAGGCAUCCGCUGAUGCCGGCAGUGGAGGUGGGGGCGACGCAACCCACCGGGGACCGAUCGCCGGCAGGGGCAGGGGCUGGGAAAGUUUCAAGCGGUCCGCAACCCGCCCGAAGCCGAGCCGCGGAGGUCGCGAGGCCGGCGGUGGCAGGGGCGGCGGCAGGGGCGGGCGCGGGUGGCGGCCGGAUGAGCCCGAGGUGUAUGCGCUGCCUCUUCACGAGACGCCCGGCUUCAAGGUGGUGUUUGACCGGCAGCUGCGUGCGGCGCUCAUCGCAGCCGCCGCACAGCCGCCGCCGGGCCGCCCGCACUGGCAGCACGACAGCCUACUCGACUACCUGGGGCCGCAUGCGGCGGCGGCGGAGAUGGACCUCGGCGGCGACACCGGCGGCGCCGCAGCCGGCGGCGCUGCUGGCGGCGGCCCCGCUGGCGGCGGCGGCGGCGCUGGCGGCGGUGGUGUCGGGGCGGGCUGCAGUCAGGCGGCGCACAUGCUGCUGCGGCUCACGGACUGCAUGGCGCGACUGAGGCGGCACGGCGGCGCGGCUGCAGCUGAAUUGCCCCGCGGCGACGGCGACGACCGCCAGCAGCAGGAGCCGGCAGCCGCAGAGGCACCGCCACCCCUGCCACCAGCGGCUGUCGGCGCAGGUCAGCAAUCCCACCCCCACCCACCCUAUCACCACCCCCACCCCCACCACCCCCACCAGCACCAGCACCAGCACCAACACCCCCACCAGCCCCUCCACCCUGACGCCAUCAAGCUGCAUGUGGGCUCCUGGCAGCAGGCGCGGCGGCUGCACCUCAAGGGCUACGUGGGCGCGGUGGAGGCCUUCCGGCGCCAGCUGGCGGGUCUGGGGCUGGUGCCGGGGGAGCGACACGUUUACGAGGAGCGGGCCAGGGUCGACCUGCAGUGGCUGCUUGCCCAGGGCGUGGCACCGCUCCUCCGCAACGACCGGCCGGUGGUGGUGGUGGUGGCGGCCGACCACGACCCGGACCCGGACCCGGAGAAGGACCAGGACCCGGGCCUGGGCGGAAGAGACGGCGCGACAAACGCGCCACCGCCUCCGCCUCCGCCGCCGCCACCACCACCGCCGGCGGCACGGCAGGACCCAGCGCCGGCAACAGGCACGCAGCGCCUGCUGCCCGAAAGCGCGGGAUGCGGGACGGGUGCGGCCUCGGCGCACGCACCGGCAGCGCCGGCGGCAGUGCUGGCGGUCGGGGCCGGCGGCAGUGGCGGCGGUGACGGUGGCGGUGGUGGUGGCGGUGGCGCCAGUAGUGCAGACGCCUCAGCGCUGCUGGCCCGCUGCUUCUUCCGCCUCUCGGCACACUUGCCCUCGCCCCGGCGAGAGGCGUCCGCCUUGCAAACCGCUGGCGGCGGCAUCUGCAGCAGCGGCGGCACUGGCGGCGGCGGCAGUGGCAGCAGCGGUACCGGCGGCGAUGGCACCGGCGGCAUUGGCGGCGGCGGUGGCGGCCUGGUCACGUGGUACGGCAGCCGCCAUGCGCCGCUGCUGUUGGCCGUGCCCAAUGCGAGCCCUGGCGCAGAGGCUGCGCCCGCUGCCGCCGCCAGCCUUGGCAGCGGAGGAGGUGGUUGUGGUGACGGCGGCGGUGGCAGCACCAGCCAGGAUGGAGGCAAUCGCGGCCGUGCCAGUGGCAGUGGCUGUGGCAGUGGCAGUGGCGGUGGCAGAGGCACUAGUAGCAGGCAGGUUAACGGCCUAACGGCGGAUGAGGCGGUGGGUGUGGCGGCGGACUGGGUGCGAGGCUGGCAGGAUGGGCCGUCGCACGGGCAGCCGCACCAGCAGCAGCCGCCGCCGCCCGAGGCCGGCUGCUGCAUCUACUUCAUUCCCCUGUACCCGCACACGACUGAUGCGGGUGGUGAGGCGGUGCCGGGCGCGAGGCGGCGCGAGGGCGGGUGCGACUUGGCGCAGGAUGGAAGGGAGGAGCCCGCCGCAAAGAUGCGACGACUUGCUGAGUAGCUAGCUAUCUGUGCGCCGACAUGGAGGUUCUGUGUGGGCAGCCUCAACAACACAUUGACACCAGGGGUCCCCAGCUGCGGCCCCGGCGACGCCACACGCCAUCCACCGCCGUGCUUACAGCUGACUUGUGUUGAUUGUGUGUUAAGUGUGUGUGCGAUGGGACAGUGGUAAGGCAGGUUGGUGAAGUCCGUAGGGUGCAGCUGAUUCCAGACCCCAGCAAAUGACAAACAAUUUGCAGCGGCAGGGCAGGAGUGCGCGGCUGGUUGAACGCCGGAAUUACUGUACCGACGAGUUGCUGGCUGGCUGGAAGUUUGCUGAUGCGCAUUCCUCACGCUCCGAGCGCCCGGCCAGGUGUGUG